AUGGGUGUCGAGCCGCGAAAAGCGCCCCCUCUUCCCGCGCCAACGGAGAGCGAUAGCAAUCCGGGGAGAGAGACUGAGAUCGAGAGUCGGGUCACCGACAAGACGACUUACUCUCUGCCCUCCGAUGGCAGCCCUAUUACAAUACCGACCAAGAAACGGGGCAAGGACCACGGCCUGUCUUCCAACAAGAGCCAGACGUCGCUGCUAAUUGAAUAUUUUGAGGGGGGGAAGCCUGGUCAAGCUGAUUCGCGAAGACCGUCCGUUCGAGUCAAAGUCACACCGUCGUCGAAGAGCCGGAGUCGGUCAGCACACGACCACAUCCAGAUCACCGAACGCAAGGGCACGCGAAAGCCAUCAUACACGAAGCGGAUACAAUUGUCACCAAACGUCAAAGACGACAAGUCACCCGAAGGCGAGCACGAUGAUAAUGAUUUCAACUCGUACCAUUCAGCUACAGAAGAAUCCAACGUUACAUCUCGGGGUGGCGGGCCAAUUGAGGUCGAAAUAAUGCCGCCCAGGCGACACGGAAGCCCUCUAAUUCCUACCGACGAGAGUAAUUCGAGAUACAUACAACAAAAUUCAUCAGAUAUCUCAUCGCUGCCUGCCAACAGCUUCCUUGAUGGCAAGUCACAAUCCCCCGAAAGGAGACGCAGCCACAGCUUGUCACGAGACGAACCGCUGAUACCAGCCGCCGCUGCGGGAGUGGCCGCUGCCGCCGUUAGUGAGAAACUACGCGCUCCUUCACGUAGACGAAGCCGAAGCCUUAGUCGGGAACGCAUAGUCGCACAAAAGGCAGUGGAGAAGGUCCGGGGCGAAAAGUCAGAGCGUCGACGCAAACACAGCAGCAGGAGCCGGAGCGUCAGUGGCGAACACCCCCCGGAAGGAGCCAAGUCUCCGCGAAGACGAUCGAGCCGUAGCCAUCAAGAGGAAUCUGUAGUAUCAGGCGCAGCAUCGAGUUUCCUCAGCUCACAAGUAAGUGGCAAGUCUGGUGAUCAGUACUCAGUUCGAUCUGGGGCUUCAAAAUCUUCCAUCAAUAACCCGAAGCUACUCGAGACUGUGGAGGAUGCUAUUCGCCGACUUAUCCUACCUGAACUCGCAACUCUGAAAAGAGAACAAAGCAAGCACGCACAUCGUGACAGGGACCGGAGGGGAUCGAUCACUUCGGGGAGUGGCGUCUCCAGAGAUUCGAGGGACGGCUCUUCGAGUACUAGGCGACUUUCAGACCGUGGAAGCGCCACUGACCUCUCAAAAAACCCAAAGGUUACUGUGAAUGAUGCAGAUAUCGGUUCAGGGAAGAGUCGCAAGGACCGCGUCAGACAUGGGGAUUCCUCUCGGGAUUUCGAGCGGGAGGCUUCGGAGGAGACAGUCGUUCAAGAUGGUGACGAAAAACGCAAAAGCCAGAGCAGUGAUAAGCAUCGUGGAUUGGAGGCUGCAGCGAUUGGUGCUGGAUUGGGUGCGAUGACAGCCGCGGCCGUCCAUAACCAUAAGUCACAUGAUUCUCUUGAUGAGAAGAAGGAGCGCCGGCGACGAAGGACGAAGAGUCGUAGUCGAAGCGACAGCAUUGCUGAGAACUACGAGGACCGAGAGAACGAGCCUGUGCCACCCAUGCCACUAAUGAGUGACAUCAACCCAUCUGACCUAACCAGAAGCUCAAUCCUGUCAGCAGAGACCGAACGGCCUCACUCAGCUAGUCAGGAACUAGCAACACCAAUUCGAGAAGUACCUCGAGGUGUUGCUUCUCCGCCCUCCCCUACGCCACCCAAAACUCCAGGCCAACAAGGCUUAGGAAUCCAACACUCCGGUUAUUCUCGUGAUAAUUUGAGUCCUCGUAGCCAACACAGUGGACAGCAGCUCCAUGAUCAAGAAUACGAAUUGGAUGAGCACGGACGAAAAGUGCCAAUGCAUGAACAGGAUCGGGGCGAUCCGUACGGCAAAGACGAGCAUGAUAAUGGUGACCAUCACCAUGCGGGCCUUGCCAGAGACGAUCAUGAUGAUGACCGCGAACUGGAGGAUGAACAGGGCUACGAUUACUACCAAAGUCAUCAAGAAGUACCACCGCCAUUGAAAUAUGUUCCUUACGCUCAUCAAAGACGUGGUCUGAGCCCGAUUCCGAGCGUCUCCGGCUAUACUGAGGGCGAUCCCGAGCCUCAGCAACGUGAUUCCAGAUUGACUCGAAGCAUCGGCUCAUACUCGUCUCUGAAUAAGUCACCCCGAGUCAAUUCCUCUGGGAGAUCCACCAGGUCUAUUGAUUCCACCAGCAAUGUAAAUCCCCAUGACUUUUCAGAGGUCCGACAUGGAGGUCUUGCGGAUUCCGAAAUUACCCAAGACGGAGAAUUCUGGGAAGAACAGCACAGAGAGAAUGAUCGGAAUCGCGAUAUCGAUUCAGAGAGCUACCGCAACUCCGCUCCACGCAUGGACUACAAGCAUAUGUCAAACUACACCGAUGAUAGCAUGGACGCUCCAGUUCUGGAACGUGCUACUACUGGUCAAAACAUUCGGGGCGUUGGUGCCAACCCAAAUUACGUGCAUACACCUGUUGGGGUAGAAUCUGCCGUUGCCUCUCUCGUGAAUACUUCGGAUGUUACUGGCCUAUCUAGUCAAUAUAACAGAAGAGGGUCAUAUGCCUCGUAUGAAGACGGCUCAGAGGGACACUUUGCCAGCCGCAGAAACAGCCCUACGAAACGCGACACUUUUGGCACUGAGCGGGAGAUAUCAAGUCAACGAGAUAGCCCGCCAAAAUACGAGGAAGAGUAUGAGCUAGAUGAUCAGGGACGAAAGAUCGCUAUGCCAACGUACAAAAACUCGCGCACCCUCGGGGAGGCCGGAUUAGCUGGCAUAGCUGCUGGAGCAGCUGCACAUGUUCUUGCAAAGGAACGCCAGAAGAAGUCCUCGGCGGAUCGGAUCCAGUAUGAAGGUCGUCAUGAGGACACUGGAGCACCCUUGCAGAAAUCUUUCAAGGAACGAGCUAAGGAGGGGCAGGGUCAGAUCCCUUCCCCACGCCAUAGCAUUGAUGCUCCACUUAGUGAGGCUGCUAGUCAUGAAGAACUUAAAAUGACUGCAAGCGGACUUCCGGAUAUGCAGGACCCUAUGCCGGAGAUUGGUUACGGAGAGGGAGCUUCUGAUGUGACAACAAACCCUUCAAUCAUCCAAGGACCAAUCGGCGGAGCCCCAGAAACCAGAGAUCAUUGGCAAGGGCAGUCAACUCCUAAGCGAAAGCCCGUUGCAUCAAGUCAAUCCCAUGGCUCCGACGCGAAUCUGAAGGCUGCAGAAGCUGCUCUAGUUGGAGCCGCAGCUGGAGCCGGAACCACAGCUGCUAUUGCAGCCCACAACCGAAAGGCAAGCCAUGAGACCAAUGAGGAAGAGUGGCACAGAACGUCAGGAGAGCGAAAGCGUGAUACGCUUGUAACCAAUCCGUACGAGGGCACAAGUCCUAUUGCUGCCAUCGGAUCAGGCCUUGAUCGGGAUCUUUUGGGUCAGACAGGAUACCAAGACGAUCAUGAUUUUGAUGCAACCAAGCUCGGCUACCCUGGAAGCCCUGGCGCUUUGCCAAAGGACGAGGGCUACAUUUCGUCUGCGCCGAAUGCACGUUCUGCAGGUGGUGCCACCCCUGAGCCUAGAAUGAAGGGCGUUGGCUUCCUCGAUGGUGAAAUCGGAGAUGCGACUGGGGCUGUAGCUGGCGAUCCCUUCUAUAGUCCAAAGCAUUCUCGACAUCUGAGCGGUAUGUCACAUGGGAUGGGGUCACCACUUUAUGACAGCGCCACGGGCAAUGGUAUCGAUCGGAUCCAAUCGAAGGACAUCGUUGCACUUAUGGACCACCUCACUGUUCGCGAUGCCCAACGGAGUGCUCGGGAUACCGAAAUACUCGUCACUCUUGUUCGGGCAGCUGCUGAGAUGCGAAAUUCAUUUGAAGAUAUGAAACGACUCCUGGCCGAUACAGAAGAUGUGAUAAUUACAGAGGUCCAGACCAACACGGACAGGUCGGUUCAAAAGGCGAUCAACGGUCCAAGACCGCUCCCACCAAGCGGUGCUCGUUCUUCGAGAAAAGGAUCCCAAGAUGACACGUACGAGGAUCUUCCCACCAAGCGAAGGAACGUGUUCCGCAGAGCAUUGCAAGGAUUAAGCUUGAGGAGUUCGAAUGAUUUUGGCAAGAUUGAGGGCAUGCUCAAUCAGCUGUUAGACGAGGUUGAAGGACUCAAAGCCACCCAAAAUUUCAAGGGUGAAAGUAAUCAAGGAACAUCUUAUGAUGAAUUGCAGCAAGAGGGGAACUACGAGCAAGACCAGGGCUACGAGCCCGAGGGUAAUGCCGGUACCUCGAUUGCAAGUCACGCCAGCCAGUCUGGUCAUCUCUCCGUUUUGUCGCGAGGCGCCAGUGCGACACGAGUAGCCGAUGGUCGAAGAUUCUCGGAUCAUCGCAUCAGCACCGUACCCGAAGGAGAUGAGGAGGAGCUCAACCCACAUGAAGAAACAAUCCUCAAUAACCAGUUCGAGAACAAUGAGCAGCUGCUAACGCCAAAUCGGGAAAAUAUCCGGGGAGGCUCUGCACCUCUGGGUACGCCUCCUCAACAGAUCGCUCCCGCUUCUCUAAGUAAUGAGAACACGCCACGAACCGAUAAGAGCAAGAAGCACAAGUCGAGCAGCUCGUCUGGAUGGAUCCCCAAGGUCUCUCGUUGGUCCGAGACAACUGCCUCGACUGUUUUGAGGGGCUUUAGGAGCAGUGGGCGGAGCAGUGGACGGAAAGAGGAUAAUCAGUUUGCUGAACCAUCUUCAAGGUCCGGGUCCGACCUAGGAAACUACGCCGACCACGAUCCGUACGGCGAAGAUAGGUUAUAUUCGCCCGAGCGACUUCAGCAGGAGAACGAGCCUUCGUCACUUCACCCCCCUGAAGACCCAAAAUAUAAAGCUCAUCGAAACUCACUCAAUCUGCAACACCCUCAGCCGCGUCCUGGGCCAACACAUCGUUAUCAGACGGCGCUUGAGAGGGAGGCUCAGGAUUUCGAGCCGAUAACCCCAGCGAGUGCAAACUGGUCGCAGACAUCCCUGAACCGUCUGCCUGCUCAACAGAUCAAUCGAUACAGUGGUGACAGCAAUCCCACAGGAAGAAUGAGUCCAAUCUCAGACGGGGGAUACUCAAAUCAUUCUGCGUCAAAUCCACCUGCGCGCCCACCUAAGGAGCCGCUCACUCCACAACUUGCUGUUAGGGGACGAGCAGGGAAGCUCCAGAAGAGCCCGCUCAGCAACGAUCAUCUGAACCCCGACGGCCGCCCCUAUAGCGCCGGCAGCGGCCACUACGAACCCGGCGGCUCUCCCCGCUCGGCGGCGCGCAGGCUCUCGGGCGCACUAGGCGGGGUGCCGGCAAGGAAACCCACAGGACCAAGGAGCAUGGCUUCCAAGAGCGGCGGCGAACUGAACCGCGACGACGGAACCGUGCGAAGAAAUCCGAAGAGAGAUACCUUCGGCACCAUGAUCAGUAAUCAAAGCGACGAAUCCGAAACCUUCUAA